UGUGCAGGCACGAUCGCUUUGAUUGCCAGUCUUUUAAUAAUUUUUCCUUUCUUUUUUGUAAUUUUGGUCUCCAACUGUAAUUUCUAAUCCAGCCAACAUGAACGCCUCAGCAUCAAUCCGGAGAGCCUACGUUCGGGCUUCAGUAAUGCACAUGCAACCUCCCGUCGAAGCAAUGCCACCGAUACCUCCUCUUGCGUCUCGACCAGCCAACGAAGACAAGCUCAAGCAGUUCAAGCCAGUGAAUCAUCUCCAGCAUCGGGAGAAUUGCCACCGAGAACGCGUAGCUUCAGCAACACACUACGAUGUGACUACCGAUCGCGACUUGGACCGCGCCUACAUCGACAACAGCUACCUCAAGAGUGGCUCGUUCAUGGACUUUGACGAAGACGAAUCGUUCUCCUCCCGGUUCAAGAAAAUGUUCACCGUCUUCCCCUACCGCGAUCCUAUCUGGCUUGUAGCUGUCGUCUUCGCAAUGGGCAGCCUUGAUCUCGUCAUCAACGCCUUCUUCGACCUUCUCCCUCGUACCGUCCCAGAGACUGAAUUCGAGACCGAAGAGACCGUUGCCGUCCCCGCCACUGUUCUCAUUGGCUCGAUCUUCUUCUUCGGUGCUGGCAUCUUCGAUACAUUUGGUGCGCUCAAUGCUGACCGUGGUACACUCGAGACGUCAAAGGAGGAUCUGGGAAGCGUCAAAUACAAGCCGGCGCUGCUCGGCUCGCCCGAGUUCGCAUGGUUCCCUAGCCGCAAGGUGUUCCUUGAUCUCACCAUGACAAAUCUCGCCUUCCAAGCGGGGCUCAUCGUACUCUUCGGUGGUAUCAUUUUCAUGUUCGCUGGCAUCGUGGACUUCCCUGGCAUCGUCUCCGAAGAAUCGCCUUUCUUUGACGCCAUCGUUUUCGGCCCACAAGUCAUCCAUGGGUUUCUGUUCUUCAUUGCGAAUAGCAUGCUAGUGAUCUCGGAGCAAGAAAAAUGGUGGAUUCCGAAGGUUCGGGAUGCGGAUUGGCAGGGUGCUUUUUUGAACGCUGUGGGUGGGUUCUGGUUCAUGUUGGCAGGGUUCUUUCUUUUUCAGGAGGAAGAAGUUGUAGCUGCUAGGGCCGCUAUGGUUGGGAGCUGGGCUUUUUUGGUGGGUAGUAUAAUAAGGUGGUAUGGGGUAAUGGAGUUGUACUAAACGUACUCGGCGGUUUGCUAUCUGACUUGAAG